CGGUGGCGCUCGUGGCGUUUCCUGUCGCCCUUUCGACUGGCCUCGAGAGUAUCUCUCGUCGUCACUUCUUGGCGCAGUUGUUGCGAGGUUACGCGAGAUGGUCUGGGUCGUGUUGGAACUCCCACCACCAUUCGGCAAGUUGUCGGCUUAAAGCGGGACGAACACAGAAGCAAAACAAACACCGGCUCGUCCACAUCACGAGCGGUGCGACUAGCCUAGGCGCCCACCGCCAGCUCCACCAUGUCGGGCCUGGACUCCAAUCCGUUCGCGGACCCGCACGCACCGAGCCCGUUCGCCGACCCGGCCGUCACGCAAGUGACAAGCCGCAGCCAGCAGGCGCAGUCGGGGUUAGGCCUAGAGGACUACAACCCGUUCGCGGAACCGGCGCAGCCGCGACCGCCGACCGCGAGUCCGCCCCAGUACAGCAGGCCUUCGACGGUCACGACGCCAGCGGCGUCGGCGGCCGUCGUCCAGCCGGCCGUUAUGCAGGCCGUCACGGAACCGCCUCCGGCCUACACGGCGGGCGGCGGCCAGUCGACCACGAUCUCCACGGCCGAGCUCCAGAAGCGCCAGGAGGAGCUCGAGAAGAAGGCGGCCGAGCUGCAGGCCCGCGAGGAGGCCCUGCGCGGGGCGCAGUUCAACGCGCGCGCCAACAACUGGCCCCCGCUGCCCGACAAGUGCUGCGUGGCGCCCUGCUUCUACCAGGACAUCGGCGUGGACAUUCCGCUCGAGUUCCAGAAGAUCGUGCGCACCAUCUACUACUUGUGGAUCUUCUACGUGCUCGUGCUGGUGCUCAACUUCCUGGGCGGCCUGGCCAUCCUCGUCGUGGAGGGCGGCGCCGCGCACUUCGGCUUCUCCAUCCUCUACCUGGUCCUCUUCGCGCCGCUCUCGUUCCUCUGCUGGUUCCGGCCGCUGUACAAGGCGUUCCGCUCCGACUCCUCCUUCAACUUCAUGGUCUUCUUCUUCGUCUUCUUCGUCCAGCUCAUCGUGUCGGUCAUCUACGCCGUCGGCAUCGGCACCACGGGCGCCUCGGGCUUCGUGGUCGCCAUCGACGCGUUCAGCAAGUCCAUCGCGCUCGGCAUCUUCCUCACCAUCGUGGCGGCGGGCCACGCGGUGAACGCGGCCUGGUCGGGCAUCAUGCUGCUGCGCGUCCACCGCCUCUACCGCUCGACGGGCGCCUCGUUCGCCAAGGCGCAGCAGGAGUUCACCGCCGGCGUGCUGCGCAACGAGCACGUCCAGGGCGCCGCCGCUAACGUGGCGGCCGAGGCGGCGCGCACGGCCGUCCAGCAGAACCUCGGCAGCCGGUACUGAGGGAGGACCCCGAGUCUGUCUUUCCGCACUAGGUCGCACUUCGUGGCUCCCUGCGCGAUUUUACCCCCUUUUUUCUUUCCCCUUCCGUGCGUGGUCGCUGCGGCCCGCAGGAGAAGGUUGCUGCCGCCUAUCUUUUUACCGGACAGUUGAGGAGGCGGCGUCAGUAAAAAACAAAGCAAAAAAAGUUGUCCCUUUGUGUUGUUCAAGCCCCGUGUUGUCGUCGUGCGUCCGUUUCCCGAAAAUAAACAUACAGCGCUGUUUUGAUUAGACACUCCUACUGUCCCACAUGCUGUCUUCACCCCACCCUCCCCCCAAAUCUCCUUUGGCCUGGAGCAGACUUCAAACGCCUGCGUUCGACACACUUUUUUUUUUCCCCUGUGCCCUGUGGUGGGAAAGACGGGUGAAAAUGAGAAAGGUUUCGCUGCUUUUUAUUCCCUCAUGGUCUGGAUGCACGAUUUUAGAAGUAGAUGCUUGUCACACGAGGGUCAAGAUUGUUUUGCCUUUAUCCUGCAAGGUGGCCGUGCAAGCCGCUUUCGUAGCAGAACCGCAAUCAAGAGAUAGGCGUGUGGAGUCUUCUUGCGUUUGGGUGGUGUGGUGUGUUCACUGGCCUCUUUGUGCAAAGCUGGAGAUGUGACUGCACUUAGCUUCCUUUUUUUUUUUUGUUCGAGCAUGAGCGGGUAAUGCUGGUGAAAUAAUCUUUCUCUGGCAACUUGAGGGUGUGUGCAUAAGAAGGCAGGUGUCGCGAGCAUGUGCCGCUUGUUCGUUGUACGAGCCGGAGCUGUGUCUGGUUCCAUGUUGAAACAGUGGGUGCUGACUUUUGAGAGCGUGAAAGGUUGAGACUUGCUUUGGAUGAGUAAUACCAAUUCACAUCGCAGUUGCUUUAUAAUGCAACACGUCGUUGCAAGAGUUCUUGUGCUUGUUGUGCUGCGACGGCAGACUGCAUUGCUCUCGUAACUACUGUGGUGAAGUUUUGAAGCUCGCGGAUGAGCUCUGUCCAAUCCUGUUGAGUGUAAGCAGUGCUGAAACAUACGAAAUGAGGCUAUGCGCCCGAGACCCUUUGUGGGCGAAAAUUACACACACACACACUGCAACUGUUAGUUUCCUGGCAUACCGUUUGUUUGGGAAAGCCUGCCGAGACACUUAAUCGGUAUUUUGACUGGAAUGAAUGCUUUGAAUUUAUCCCAAGUGUGGUGCGAAGCGAGUGUUAUGGUUUUUGUGGACACUCAAAUUGAGGAGCGUGCUACGAAAGGAAAUGAAGUUGGUGGCUGCUGAAAUAAAGUGACUAGUCUUUCUUGAAAAAACGCUGACAUGUAAAGUGGGCUGUGGGAAAUGUUGGCCACCCUCCAAAUACCCAUCCUUGUCUGCAGAAGGAUUCCUACGCCUUCUGGAGUUCCUUAUCAUGAGUACAUAGAUGAGUAAUAAGUCUGUUGGCCUUUGGCGAUAAAACUUUUAUUUCCUGUUCAGUUAGUCCUAGUUUCUGCUGCUAGAGACUGAAUAACCUGUGCAUUUUACUGCACCAUCAAAAAUAGAUGCACUUUAAGAGAAUGAAUUUAAAGUGUCUUGUCUCUGCUUUGUCUUAAGCAAACAGACAAGCCUGGAAUGAGUGGGCUUGGGUGACAGACACAGUUCUUUGCCAGGCAAAGUUCUUGUUGGUACAUUGCAUGUGAUAGUCAUGUUGACAAGUGCUUAUCACUUGCUUGUUCCAUUCUAAAUGUAUGGAAUUGUGUGCACGUUUUCGUAUUCGGCGUGCUGUUGCAUGUUUGAUGCGUGUGUCUGAAAGUUAAGAUUUAUUUGUGCAUCGCUAACUGUGUGAUCUCCGAUUUUCUGUUCAUCUGGAAAUUUGCCACCACUUUGUUUCAUAUCAGUGGCUGGGAGAAGAUUUGUGUGCAUAGUGUCAUCAUAGGGGUGACUAAAGCAUGAUUCCAUGUGGUUGCUUCAGUUUUUUGCCAGAGUGUACUUACCACUACUUGCAGGGCUUAGUGCAUGAAUGUGUGUGUACUUGUGUUGAAACAUUGGCCACUUUAAUUGCAGAUCUUUGAAAAGCAAAAUGUUACACAUUUACGCAGAGUGUCGCCCUCCUUAGAUUAUGACUGUUUCUGUUUUUUUAACCAGCAAAAGCACUGCUUUCUUUGAUUGCUAGCAUGGCUUGAUAAAUAUGCGCUCCUUUUUAAGCAGGGGGAGUUGUGAAUCGGCUCCGUAAUAGGGCGCUGUGAAAGGUUGGUGGUUGGACAUGCCCCCUCCUGCAUUGCAAUUUCGAUUAUAUCUGUGUGUGUACAUAGUUUGGGAAAUUUGCGCAUAUGAUCAAAAAUAAAGCGUGGAAGGGUACGAGCAA